GAGUUGUCGACCUUUUAUUUACAUUGGUGACAUAUAUUUUAUUCUUAAAUUUAGAGCUUAGUCGGUUUAUACAUCCAGUUUUUUUACGAAAAUUGCCGAAUAAUAUAAAGUUACAAUCAAAGACGAUUUCCUCAAAGUAAAUAGCUGAAUACGAUGAAUAAAAAACAAGAAAUAAGAGAAAAGGUUAAAGAAAUCAAACAACGUCAGCAAAACUGGAUGAAACAGAGAGCAGAAAGUCAUGGAAACAGUCCAGGCAGAGAAACUUCCAGCAUUGCUAAAUCAGCAGGGACUCAACAAAAAGUAACAACUAAAUCGCAAAGUGCUUCGUACCAUGAGAAACCAUCAGAAACUGAUACACAAUCACUGGUCAAAAACUUGAUGUCAUCAAACAAAUCAAAGGCAAAGUUUCAAAAUUGGUUGAAGGCAAAAGAGUCAGGAGGAAACAUUGAGGUGUAUGACACCCCACCCAGAGAUAUGAACCAUAACAGCAAUCUAUAUAAUAGUGAUAAAUACUCUGACAAUCUUUACAAUGACCAGCCAUACAGGGACCAUAAAGGUUCGGCCAGUGUUAAUGUAUUACGUGUUCCAAGUACAAGGUCACCAGAGUUUGCUACCCCUGAUCCCAGUUGGAAUAGUGAUGAUGAAACAGGGGAGAUUACUGCAGCACAGUUGCUAUCACCUGAUGACUUUGAUUCAAGGGCUGAUGAUAUAAUAGCAAGAGUGAAAGGUGAUCUGGCACAAACAAACAGUGAUUACAAGAGAAACUCUCAUAUAGAUUACACUUAUGAAACCUCCGUGGAUAAACCAGCUGAACAAGAAUUGUCCAGUCAUGUGUGUCCAACUUGUGAAAAACUAAUGAUGCCACCAAAUGCAAGCCCGAUGUUAUUAAUACCCUGUGGUCAUACAUUAUGUAGCACAUGCAGUAAGAAGACUAAAUUUUGUGCAAUAUGUGGCUGUGCUGUUCAGUCCAGCACGCUGAAUAUUAUGCUGCAACAAAUAAUUACCAACUUUCAUACCAAACAGACACAUAGACAGACAACUAGAAAAUCAACAGUUUCAAGUUCAGUUCAUAGAAAAAAUUACCAGGAAGAGUACCAGAAUUUGAUGACUAGGCAAGAGAUUUUGCGGGAAGAAUCUGAAAAUAUUUCCAGAAAUGUUCAGAAACUUACACGGAAACUGAAUCAAGACAAGCACCAGGUGGCCAGCAUACAGAAGAAAGAGGAGGAAAUAGAAUUGGAGAUUGAAGAGCUUCAAAUGAAGCUAAAGCAAUUAACUGAGCACAAGACAGAAUAUGAGAAGAAUUGCUACACACAUGAAAUAGAAGUUAAACAAGAAAAGAAUAGAUUGGUGUUAGUGCAAGAUUCAUUAACGUCUGUAGAACAACAAAUUGAAAAAGUAAAACUCCUAGCAGAAAGUGGAUUUUGAUAAAGCGGAGAGUGAUUUCUGAUAUUGAUAGAAAAGCACAUACAACAGCUGACUUUCUUGACGAAAAUAUGAGCCGCGUCACGACAAAACCAACAUAAUGGGUUUGCGACCAGCAUGGAUCCAGACCAGCCUGCGCAUCCGCGCAGUCUGAUCAGGAUCCAUGCUGUUCGCUUACAAACCCUAUAACAAGUAAAGAAACUGAAACAAACAAAAAAUAUUUUAUUUAAGGUAGGCAGAAGCAUAUGAGCAUGAUUUUACUUAUUAAUAUUUGAAAAUUGAUCAAAACUCUAGUAUAAAUUUUUCAUCUAAGUAGAGGUAUAGGAGUAAAAUGUUAUAGGAGCAAAGAUAAAAGUGUUCAAUUAUAAAAUUCUAUAUUUACAAAUUUUAUUGAUUCAUUGUAUUAUCAUUAUUCAUUGAUGUCAUGUGAUAAAUUUUUUCUAUUUGUUGAAUAAA